AGAAAAGGUUUUCCGUGACAGAACAACGGCAAUAUUCCACGGAGAAGUUUGAUUUCCAAGGAAUAGCAACACAUUUGUACGGAGAAGGUGCAAGUUUCUACGGAGAAGGGUUGGCCCGUAUGGACUAUCGUAAGUUUGCGUAUACCCUGUGUCGCCGAUUGAAAUAUUUUACUAUAAAGUUCAUAGAUUAUGACACCGAAUUAACCAGCAUUGAAGAGGCUGUAUGCAUGGAAAUGGAUGGCCUUGGGCGAUUGCUAGGCUAUCGUGCCCCACAGAAAAAGUUACGAGAUGUACAUGGUCUUAUGGUGCCAAUAAAUUUUUUUUAUGGAAUGAUUGAAGACGUGUGGACCCUUCUGGACUGGAGGAAAGAGGCCAGUUGGGAAAUCGAAACGCCCA